UACUGUUUACAGGGAAGUGAUUAUAAUGUUCUAACUCAGUGAGCUGAGAGUGCUCUUUAUAUAUAUAUAAAGAUUAAAGAAAUAUGUGACUUUGUAAUAAAUUGGGCAAUGCAAUAAAUUGGGCAAAAACAAUUCAUUUUAUUUUUAAAAUUCAAUGCAAAUUAUAAAUUGACGUAAUAAAACGGGAUUAAAAUGAAACUCUACUCACCGCUGUCACAGUGUAUAAAAUGUACACUUACCACAUAACAUUGUGAAAUGAAUCGUAAAUAAUACUAUACAUGAUAGGUGUAUUACAAAAUGCUUUCUUUUCAAUUGAGUGAAAUCCGUGACAACUGGACUUUUGUAAUAGAUAAUAUUUCAAAAUUGAAAACGUUGGAACAGUUAACGAAAGCCAGAGCAAUAUCAAAUUAAUUCUAGGAAUUCAUAAUAUUACAAAAUAUAUCCAGUCCAGAACACUCAAAAAUGAAUGUGUUUGACAUUACCGGAAUAUUCAUGUAAAACGUGGACAUGGAUUUUAACCCAACUUUUUUAGCUGUUCAAAGUACGAAAACACCGGGAGAGCCACCUAUCCACGAAGCCGCUGAAUCACCAACGCCUAUCCGGACGCCGACGGAACCGACGUUCACUGACCUGGAUGACCUUACAGAGCUCCAAAAUCCGACGGACUGGGUAGUUCCGGCAGCCAUCACUGCGUUUUUCUGCUUCCCGCCGACAGGGGUUGCCGCCUUCGUGUACGCCAGAAAGGCAAACAAGGCGUAUGCAGAUGGCGAUCUGAGAACGUGGAAACACAGCUACGGUCGCGCGCGGUUCCUCGUGCUACUCACGUGCAUGUGUGGGAUCCUGUUCUACGCUGUGAUAGUCGGCGUUGUCCAUGGAAUUAAGCACUACACGUCUUGAUGUCGGAUUAUACAGCAUAUUAAGAAAUAAUUUUAACACGUUGAUUCAUGUCAGUAUGCCUAUAGAUAAGACUUUCGGCUCACAGGACGUACUUUACAUUACAUUACAAACAUAUGUUUCUUACAUAAACUAAGUAUUGUAUUGUGGUUCCACACUCAUGAGCUGAAUUUAGACACAAGUCGUGAUUUCUAUUGCGAAACAAUAUACAAAAUAAAUCCUGCUUGAACGGUGAUAUUAAAGUGAGGUUUACUCUGAUUCAUCAAUCGAAUCGGCCUGGUGCAUUUUCAGGUGAAUAGCCACAAAAUUGGCUGAGUGUAUAACGUUACCAUGGAUUUAACGCAGGGAUGUGAAAACUUUCCGAUAUAUAUGAAUGAGGAAAGUUUAACAGAUAAUCUUCAUAACGAUUUUCAGUAUGUACCGUGCAAUAUACCCGGUCCUGGGAUUAACCCGGACGAUUUCGUAAAGAACGCCACUGGCUGUGGUUGUGAAAUCGAUUGUGACAAUUUCGAGGGUAGGACGUGCCCCUGUGUGAAAUACGGACUGUUAUACGCCGCGGACGGGUGUGUCAAGAACGAAGCCACAUGCAGUGUUUGAAGACAGUCGCAAAGGAUUUUGUGUUCGAGUCCUGGAAAGCUUCAAACGCGGACAAUUUUUGUGUGAUUACGCGGGAGAAAUAUGUUCCGAAAUCGAAGCACGUAAAAUAGCAACUUCUCUGAAUGACAGUGACAAAAACUGCUUGUUUGUUCUCAAAGAGCACCUUGCUUCUGGUGUUAGUUGUACUUACAUUUAUCCCCGCUACAGAGGCAAUAUCGGGAGGUUCAUCAGCCAUUCUUGUGAGCCCAAUUUGUCAUUAGUCCCAGUAAGAAUUGCAAACAAUAUUCCCCACGUAUGCCUCUUCGCGUCACGCGGGGCAGGAAGUGACGUAUGACUAUGGUGAUGGUGUUGGAAACUCACAUUUAAACCUGUCCCAAACCGUGUGUCAUUGUAAUUCAUUUAACUGCAUAGGAUUUCUGCCAGGUUUUACGUUUGCAAUAUAAUUUUGAUCAGUUAACAGACACUUAUUUAUAAUGAAAUAAAUGAACUGUUUUAUA